AUGACUGCGGAAGCCGCCAGUGUUUACCCCUCCUUGGAGAAUCGCCCUGUUAAGGGGACGAUUUGCCUGUUCGAUGUCGAUGGCACCUUGACACCUGCGAGACAGGUUGGCGGUUCCGAUCUCGCAAAGCAGCAGGAGCAGCUCGGCACCUCAUCAAUCCCAGUCACCUCUCUCUUCGACUUCUGCUUUGCUGAGAAUGGCUUGACGGCUUACCGCAUGGGCAAGCCACUUUCGAGCAACAGCUUUAUCCAGUGGCUUGGCGAAGAAAAAUACCAGAAACUGGUGAACUUUACUCUCAAAUACAUUGCGGAUCUCAAGUUGCCCAAGAAGCGGGGUACUUUCAUCGAGUUCCGUAAUGGAAUGGUCAACAUCAGUCCUAUUGGGCGGAACGCGAGCGUCGAAGAAAGGAAUGAGUUUGAAGCGUACGACAAGAUACACAAUAUCAGAAGGGACAUGGUGGAGGCAUUGAAGAAGGAGUUCCCUGACUAUGGUCUCACGUACUCUAUCGGCGGGCAGAUUUCCUUUGAUGUCUUUCCCACUGGAUGGGAUAAGACCUACUGCUUGCGGCACAUCGAGGCCGAGAAAGAUAUUUCGGGCAUUGAAUACAAGACCAUCCACUUCUUCGGUGACAAAUCCUUCCCUGGUGGUAAUGACUACGAGAUCUUCACUGAUGAGAGAACCAUUGGCCAUGCCGUUACCGGCCCCGAGGAUACUAUGAGACUGCUGAAGGAGUUGUUCCAGCUAUAG